CUUAAGCUUUGCUACGUGCCUACAUAUGUCGAUCCGCGCGUAUACAGUGCGCGUCCCUAAGAAAACCUUGCUCCUAUCAUGAGCAUAUGUCUAUCCGCCCCGAAAAUGUUUUUACGUACAUGCGGUUGCGCCUGCAUGUGGCGCCGCUCGGUGCGCCAGGUGGCGCGGUCGGUUUCGACGUUCGGUGGGCCGCCUACAUGUCCCAAAAACCUGGCAUGACUUGGCAUACUUACAUGACCUACAUGCCCUGCAGGCUAUAUGUGCAAAAUUUUGCUGAGAGUAAUGUAAAAGUUGCAAACUUAUUCGUUAAAGUUUGGAUUUGAUGUAGCUGAGGUUGAGGCCGUAAGGUCAUAGCGCACGCACUUUAAUUUAAAGUCCAGCAUCAGCAGCAAAGCAUGGCAGCCCAGGGAGGCGUGGAGCUGCGCGGCGUCGUGGAGGAAGAAGAGGAGGAGGGGCCCGCGGUCGAGGGCGAGAUCGAGCCUGUGAAAGACGCCGACAAUGCGGACCAGGGUUUCGACUGGAAUCGUUCGUGUGCCUACAAAACGAUGAAAAUAGUGCGCGUGCGUGAUCGCUACCUGGGAAUGCUUUAUUGGGCCAUCGUGGUGGGCGUCAUACUGUACAUUGUCAUCGUGGCUGUAGGACUUGAUGGAAAGCACCAAAGACAGGAGCCCGGGCUUGGAAGCACGAUAGUGAAGUUCCGCGGUAAGGCCUUCAACGCCAGAAAAGAAGCCUUCGAUCAGGCGGAUUUGAGGUAUGUGCACUGACAUUGUGUUGCGGAACGCGAGCUAUAGUCUCGGUGUUGCGGCAGCCCUUUUGUUUCUCUCCUUGUUUGCGCAAUGAAUUUGUGCCGCAAGAGCACUACAAAAAACCCAAAUGCGUGUACCGACGUCACCAGUUUUGUUGAUUGAUGUAGGUAGGAAUUAUCUGCAUUGGCGUUUAUUUUUUAAUACGUUCAUGCUCAUGGGGCAGGGGCUGAUUAUUUAAGAAUAAGAUUAAAUAUAUGUUGUUGUUCUUUUCGCAGCAGUUUUUUCUUUCGGGAAUCAAUUGAUGCGUCUUGCGUGAUGUUGUAUGGAAUUGCAACUAACAGUGGCAUGCUUUUGCAAAUAAUGAUGAGAUACCCUGAAAUCGAGCCGGGCGGUGCUUUUAUUGUGACCCGUAGCGUGACCAUGAAGGAACAGUCUCCCGGUGCGUGUGUUGAUUAUGAUAAGCCGUGCAAAGCGGGCGACGACGACCCAAACGUGUGCACGGACUGCGAUGCCGCGAGCAAGCAUUGUAACUCUCCGCGUUCAUGGUGCCCGAGCAUCGGCGCUGGGAAUGUAGCAAAAUUGACCGACGACGGGAGCACCAUCAUGGUAGAGGAAAUGGUUUCGGGCAUGGAAGAAGGAGUCGUGGAGUUUUUCGCGGGCAUCUCCUUCCCUGGAAUGGCCAAGAAGUUUUACGUGGCCGGGCAAACAGAGGAAGAUCCGCAAGGAGUCCACGAGCUCCGGAAUGUCACGCUGGCCAAUCUGCUCCAGAAUGCGGAAACGACCUACGCCGACGUGAAACAGACUGGGGCGGUGCUGGCUGUUGCCUUCUACUGGAACUGUGAUGUGCGGUAUUAGAGGAAAAAGUUGUCCCUCGCUAUCAUUCGAUCAGCAUUCGGAUCAUCAUCAUCAUCAGCAUUCGCUGCAUCCAUCGUUUUUUUGUUCUUCGUAGAGGAGUCUGUGGGGAGCCGGAAGAUAUUUAUUUAUAGCAAGCGAGCACCAUUGUUUUAGUUUUAAGCGAUCACCAUUGUGAGGCUCCGGAUCAUGAGGGCCAAAUGUUGGAAAAAAGACCACAAAAAUUUGCAAGCCUCUUUUUUUCCCAUGGCGAGGAACGCCACGCGCCGUGGCGUGUUGUGCUCCCUGGCUUCAAGUCAUGCGUGGGCUAUUUUUCCAGUUUGCUUCGCGAUUCACUUCAUAUUUUAAACGUUUUGCCGAAAUUCGCGGGCUUCCUCUCAUCCCGAUUGUAGGUUGUGUGGUGGGCGCAGUUAGAUUUCUAUUCCGUUUGCCGGAUCGAUAACACCGUCGACCCUGUGACCAUAUGCAAGGCGCUUCCCGGUUUUUCCGGUUUGCCUUGUUGCUUCUUUUCAAUUUACCAAAAAAAGUUCCCAACUUCAUACCCUUUCAAAAAGUUUCCGAUAACACGAGCGGAAUCGGAAAGAUUUCGCGAAUGUGUCCGAGAGUUUUCGUUCUCUUUUUUUUCUCUUUUCGUGUUUUUUCGCGAAAGUCGAUUUUUGUCAUUUUUUGAAUUUGCCACUUUUUUUCAAACAAUGUCAAUCCGUUACGGAUUGACAUUCGCAGCGAAAUUUAUAAUCAAUGCGAGUCGUAUGAGACCUACACAGCAAUCGCAUUGCUCCCAUUGCUCGCAUUGGUCGCCUCGUAAAGACGUGGCGCCAGGAUGCCCAAGAUGGCCCUCCCAGCACCCUCCCCCGCUUAGUAUCUGGUGACCGUGUCGCGAUUCGCGGCGGCGUGGCCGCCUACCAUUCUUUUUUUCGAAAGUGACGGCCCAGAAAAAAAAAGAAGUCGGGGCCGCGCCGGCAAUAGUUAACAACGAGGCCCACUCGUGGCGCUUCUAAAUGAGGCCACAAAGGUGGCCGCAUUUUAGGCAGUGCGGGCACUAGUAGGCCGAGGCUACUUAGCAAGAAUAGGCCUAGGCGCGAGAUGUUUCGUUCUUAGGCUGCCACCCGCCGGGAGUAAGCUAGGGGGCCAGGCCGCGCACCGAGUGGCGCGCCCGCUCGUGUUGUGUUCUGGCGCAGGCAAAGCUCCACACUGGCCGCAGCGCUAGGUGCGGGGUGGCGUAUUCUAAAACGGCGGCUCGGUCGGGUGGGAAGUACCGAUGACGGAGGGGGCCGCGGGCCGUUCGGCGCGCUCGUAUGGGGAUCGUAUUGGUCCGAUUGCUCGCAUUGGUCGCCUCGUGCUGACCCUGGAUUCUUAUAAAUUUCGCUGACAUUGUUUUAGUUACCGCCUCGGGCUGCUUUCCCAAGUAUCAACAAGAUCGAACCCCAGUAGAGGCAAAAGGAGCAAAAUCAUAACUCCCGGAAAAAAUAAAGCGAAAAGAUUUGCCCUUGUGUGUUUGCAUUUCUCGCGACCGGCCCGGCCUUGCCUGUCCCCGCUCAGAUGUUGGCAGCCUGGGCAUGGUUUCGGGCCUUGGCCUCCAGAUUGAGGCCGCGGAGUUUGCUGCAGCGCCUGUUCGGAAGUUUUGAUCUGUCCAAUGGUCGGCCAGGUUUGGUUUCCGUGCCUUUGGCGUUGUCUUUUUGGGUUUAGGGUUUUGUUUAGGGUUAGGGUUUAGGGGGUAGAGGGGCGCGAUUUUUUUCGGACACGCGGCAAUUUAUGUGAGACGAGAAAUCUGAAACAAUUCAAAAACUUUUUUCUUGGAAUUUUUUUCCGGGAUUUCUGAUUUUAUGCAGCAGCCGCAGGAGAAUCAUCCUAUGGGAUGGCCAAUGCUCUAUGGGAGCGAUCUUCUGCGGAGAAGUGCUGGCGCCGGCAUCGUGGAGCGCCUACCCCUCUAUCAUAAGAGAAUCUGCCUGGGUCUCUGUCCGUCUAUAGGCAAGAAGCCUCGCGAUCCAUCCGCGGUCGGAGCCGCAAACUGCAACAGCCUGCCAGCCGCAAAAGUCCCGAAGUAAAAACAGGGCGGGGGGGGCGGGGAAAAUCAGCAGACCCAAGGGUCUACCGUCUGCACUAACGUGCUCAGGUUCUGGAUACCGUGCAAAGGCUAGGGCGGGGAAAGUAUAAGACACCGCCCGACCAGCCUCAGCCUUGACUCACAGGCUCGCAAGACUCCUGCUGUGCGGGCAUACGUUUUACGCAGUAGUCGCAGGAGGAUCAUCCUAUGGGAUGGCCAAUGCUCUAUGGGAGCGAUCUUCUGCGAGGAAGUGUUGGCGCCCGCAUCGUGGAGCACCUACCCCAACGCCGGAGGAGCAACGCGCCGAAGCAGGACAAAGAACCCCGAGCCGCCCAGCGGCAGACAGAUGAAUUUGGGCAACGGACCGAGCCCCAUCGAUGAGGACGCGACAGAAACGAAGGCGAAGAAAAGACAAGGGGCGCGCAGUCUCUCUCUCCGUGCCACGUCUCUCUGUGAACAAAAGGCAAUAGACAGAGAUAAAAUCCAAUGGGUGUGAGGCCCGCGAAGGUGCGUGGCAAUCAAUGGAGCAAACUAUGCGGCGCCGAGGAUCAAAUAAUGUAUCCCAAAAAGAACAGACUCCAGACAAGCCCCGGGCCGUCUCAAAUAGCUUGCGCACUGGUUCAAUAUAGUAGACAAACGCGGAAGCUAUUUUUUCGCCUUCGCCUUGGCCUCAUGCACAGCCCCCGCCCGCUCCGGUUCGAAACCCCAGCGGCACUUCUCGGCAACGCGCUUGAUCUCUUCGCAAGAGGUCGGCGGGGAAUGGCGGUAGACACAGCUACGCCGCUCGCGCUUGCCCUUCUCCAGGAACGUCGCACAAGGGCCGCGACUACUGCCCGGGCCGUUCUCCGUACGCCGGCGCUUCGCGUCGUCGUCCUUAUCCCCCGGGGGCUUAGUGUUGUUCUCGAUUCGCACCAGGCACAGGCCCUGGAGCCAGUCCCACACCCGAAGGGCGUAGAGUUGGACGCUGUCCACCUGCGCCACCUUCUUGAAGCCCCCCGCCCGGCAGCACCAAAGUCGCCAAAUCGGCGCGCCGCACUUUGUGGAGGAUUUUCGUGAGCUUCUCCGGACCCAGCAAAAACCCGAAGCGCAGGAUGACUGUGAGCGCCCAGCCGUUCACGAGGUGCACUGCCUCGCCCGCCAUGAAAAUGGCCGCCGUCACAAUCUGGACCAUGUGCGUGAUGUCCUUCGCAGUGAUCUGGUGAAGGGUUCGCUCUUCGACGUGUUUACACAAGGCGGACCAGGCGGGCGAGGAACAAAGGCAAUCCGGGGCGACUCCAGCCUGCGCGGCCACGGCUUCGAGUCCCUUUUUCUCCGUCGUCAUCUUGGUGGCGACUUCCCCCAAGACUUUGCCCAAAGCCCCGGAACGGGCCUGCUUCGCGGCAGCUUCCGCACCCCCAUCCUGCUGCUCUUGCAGCUGCAGCUGCUCAGCAGGAAGCUCAUCACGGCCGUCCAUUUUUGCGCGACAGAGGAAAAAUAGAUGGCGCUCACGACUGAAGUCUGAGGACACAAUAUCGAAAAUCCACGGAGGACGUCUCAAGUUCCCUAGCUCCCUGGAAAGACAAAACAAAGCAGGAAGAAGCGCGCGCCAAAUUUGCAGGAGACCGAAGUGAUCAAAGUAAGAUCCUGCCGGGGAUUUAAGCGCGCAGGAUGGGCCGAGCGCCGCAAAAGCAAGAACAGAGCCCCAUUUCUAGGCCACGAAGAUUGUAACCCCGAUCCAAAUGGGCCACCGCCGAGAGUGUGAGGAGAGAGAGACCCGGGCCGCCACUUGCAGCGAGAGCUGAAAUUUACAGGAACCAGGAAGGACGGCGAAGCUAACAGCCCCAGGAACAUGAGCCGAGAGAAUUUCUGGAAUCUGCACGGAACCAAGUAGCCGCGUAGCGCGGUGCAAUUUGCGGAAAAACAGAGAGCGGGCAGAACCUACAAAAUCCCGAGGGAAGUGUCUCGCUUGGGCACUUCGUGCAGUCCUUUCGUGCGGCUAUAAUAGCACACCUUGGCGGGGGACGCCCAACGUGAAGGAUUCGCAAUGACUAAACUACUAUGGCCGUGCUCCAAUAGAGUUAGGAGAAGGCCAGUCCGCAGGCUAUGGGAAGAAAGUAGUUUGUAUCUCAUACCUGCCUGCGCGACAAUCGCUCAACAUCGAUCCCCCGAACCGCAUAGAGGGCCCCCCGGUACGCGUGCAGGCACGACGCACGGCCUCCGGAUUCGCGGGAACACUUCACCCGAAUCGCCUGCGUGGCAUUGCUCUUCAACACUACUCCCCGCAAGUCUAGGCCAGUGGAGUGCUGCCCCCACAGGAUUUUUAUCCCGGCGCCGACUUUCAGCGCCUCCGACUCCCGCAACCCAAAAUCAACCAGAUCGGGCCCCAGUCCCGGCAAAUUAUAAAAAUUCAUGGCGCGACUUUGAAAAAAUUCGCCGACGACUUCUCUUUCGAAAAAAAAUCGGGCGCGGAUGAUGGGGGUUUCUACAUUUUCCGUAUUGCCCCUCGUCCUUCGCGGCUUCCGUGUGUGCCUUUGGGUGUGUUGGGCCUUUGGGGUGGUUCGCGUUUUGCCGGAAGAGUGCCGAGCCCCCCGGUGUCUUUUGUUUUUUCCCAGGAUUCUUCCGCGCCCGGGGGAGGGGCAGUUGUUUUUUGCCGACGGCCGGCCGGGUUUUUUUCCGGGAUUUGGAACGCGGAGCCGGUAAUUUAUUACGACAAAAAAAAUUUUUAUUACGACAAAAAAUUUAAAAAAAUUCAAAAAAAUUCAAAAAAAAUUGUCGUGAACAAAACGGCUUAGAAAUCCCUAUGGUUUGGGAUUUGUCGCCUUUUUUCAAUUUUUUUCCGUUUUUUUGACAGAUGAUUGACAGAUGAUUGGUCGUAAGAAAUGCAGAAAAAAACUGCAAAUGUCCCGUCUGGGUAUGAAGUUCAAUUUGGAGUAUGUGGGUCGUGGCCCGCUGCUCGACAGCCCCUUGGCCUUUCUUAGGGGCCGGCGCCCCCGUUGUUGUGCUUCCCUCGGCCGGCCCUUUUUCUUUCUGGGGUUCCCCUUUUUCACCUUCGCCUGCGCCCUCCUUUUAUCUUUGCCUUCCCUGGGCCCGUGGAUUCGUCGCAGAUCUCGGGCCACCACGUCCUUCGGGCGGGAUUUUUUUCUUCUCCGAAAGUCUUUCGAAAGUCCCGGCAUGAAUUUUUAUAAUUCGAGCCCACUGGCGGCCGAUCUGGUUGACCAAAAAGAAAAACCAGCAGAAGCUGGGCCCGGUCUAUUGUGUUCCCGAUCUGCGUAAUGCGCUCCCGAAAAAGUGGCGCUUUCUGGCUGUGGUUGAACACGUAUACAAGUGCACAGCUCCCCCUCCCCCUCAAAAUAUUCCUCCUUCAUAAUAUUUCGCAAUUUAUUUGGUUGCCAAGUGGUGCGCUUUUAUGUCACCAAGUGCUGCACUUUUGUGCCAUUAAAUCGCGCACGUUUCGACUCCAAUAAAUGCGCAGCGAUCGCGUUGCGUUUUGUGGCAGCAAACGCGUCGCAAAAGGUCGCGGGCCCGGGUCGUGUUCGUGCCUUUGAUCGGUCGAGCCUGUGAUCUCCGCACACCUGGCGCAGAAAUGAAUCGGGGCCAGAUGACUGCGUCAGGAAUGAUAAUGAACAAGGAGACGGCAGCAAGCAACCAGAAGAAAAGGGCGGGCCUUCUUCUGCGUGUAAGAAGUUGCAAGACUUCUGGCAAAUGCUCGCCAAGUCGCCAGCUUUUGCGUCGUCAAGUCAGCGACUUUUUUGCGACCUCGGAAAUCAGCUCAAAGAGUGUUGCUCUUUGAUCGCUAAUCGCGAUGCUAUGGGCCCACUCACCCUCAUGAGGGAAAGUGGACAACUUUGGCGAGGGGGAGUGAGCCCAUAGCAUCGCGAUUAGCGAAACGCGCAGCGUUUUGGCCCCGGCAAAUCGUCCCCAUAGCGCGCAGGCUAGCUCCUAGAAAAAAACUAAAAAAGUGCGCGCUUUGUCAUUCAAGUCAUUCGCUUUUUGUCACUCAAGUCAGCGACUUUCCGAGCUCGGAUCUGCGAGCCGCAAAAAAGGAACAAAAAGUAUCACACUUCGAUGGCUAAUCGCGAUGCUAUGGGCCCACUCCCCCUCAUGAGGGGAAGGGAACAGCUUUGGUGAGGGGGGGUGAGGCUAAAGCAUCGCGAUUAGCUUUCACAGCAUGGCGAGAGACUGCAAACGUUUGCGACGCUUUUGGCCGCAUAAAAAGCAACGCAAACGCUUCGCAUUUGGGGCCGAAUUGUGCGCGAUUUGAUGACAUGAAAGCGCGUUAUUUGGUGACAUAGAAGCGCGCUACUUGGUAACCAAGUAAGUGCUUAAGUAUUAAUAUUUUGAGGGCCGGGGAAGCUGUGCCGCAAACUACUGAGAAGGGACCAGAUGGAACCCUCCUCGACCUCGGUGAGUGAGAGCUGCCCACUUCCCCGCCCCUGUUUCAUCACUAGGCUGGCGUCGUCGUCAAAAGUCUUGUAGUCCGUGGCUAAAGAAAUCGCCACAAAAUUCUCCAGACCCCGGUAGGAAACAUACAGGCCAGGGAUCGACUCCCUGCGCCCUGGAGAUUCUUUCGUGCUUCACUAUGCGGGACUUCGUUGUCGAGGCGGAGGACAGCGAAGUCAUUUGCCCGAGAAACUGAACGCACUGCGACAAAGCCACUGGAUCGGCCGCGAGCCGGCGCGGCGUCUGCGUUUGCGCUGAGGUGCGAGGCUUGCGAGUCGUGUCACCCGCUGCAGGAGCAGCAAAAUCCUUGGCCCCCGACGCCACACCUUCCAAAACCUGCGCUACCCUGUCGCCCCACGGGAGCGGCGCGCGCGCAUGUUCCUUUUGGCGAGUUUCUUGCUUCUCUUUCAGACUUUUGAGUACAUGAAGCAUGGCGAAAAGUGGUAGAAACAAAGCACGCAGGCCGGUAUUCCAAAUCCCAGCGGUACUAUUGUACGGAAAAAGCGAAUAGCGGCGACAGGAGGAAUCUAUCCGGGAAAGCAGUGUGCUCAAAACCCUGAGAAAAGAGCAACGUAGCCAAAAUAAGAGGGACUGGGACAGGGCCGAACUAAAAUGCCCAAGGGGAAUGAUCUCCAACGCCGCAGCUUGCUUCACUCAGCAAAAUACUCUGACCCAAGCAAUUCACCACAGCGAUCCCAUUUCGGUCGGACAGUCUCGGUCUCGCAGAGCGAUGAGAGAAGAGAGGUCAACAGCCACAGGCUAGCGCUCCUGUCAGGGAGAAAGUUCGCAAGGGUAACGGGCCCGAACCGCCAGCGCCAGACGACCCCUCCUCCCAUCGCAAAGCGAGGCCACAGACUCAGACUGUUGCCCCUUCGGGCAAACAGUCCACAAGUACCGUCUCCCCACCGCGGGAAGGGCACAAAAGCCAUCCCUGCCACAACUUCAGCUAGGGGAAGCAAAGGGCUCGCCUCCUCACAUCGAGGAGGGCACCACGCUCCUCCCCCCACAGCAGGAAGAGGAGACUACGCACACCCUUGCUACAUCAGCGUAAGGCUCUGACAAGCUCACUCUCUUCACAUCAAAGAGAGGAGGACGGCGCUCCCCUUCCCACAUCGAGAAGGGGGGCAGACUACUACCACGGCAGGGGCGUAACUCCUUGGAACCUGAGAAAAUACAGCAGAGAAAAACCAGCAGAGCCAAGGGUCUACCGUCUGCGCUAACGUUCUCAGGUUCUGGAUGCCGUGCAAAGGCUAGGGCGGGGACAGUAUAAAAUACCGCCCGACCAGCCUCAGCCUUGACGCACAGGCUCGCAAGACUCCUGCUGCCCGGGCAUGCAUUUUUUUACUCCCGAGCCCCCGGGGGGCCCAUCUGGUUGACAAGUAGCGCGGUAGUUGGACUCUGGACGAUAAAGGCAGAAGCGUUGGCCUGUGCCACAACCAAGGCGCGCCCCUCCUUCUCCUCGUCGCUCUUCGUUGUGUUUAUUUCUUCGCUUGUGCCGUCAGAUCGGUUUAAGACUAGAAAGAACGCAGCCAAUUUAUAGCGUGUUUUUCUUGGGAUCGUGCUUAUUAUAUUUAUUGCAUUUUUAACAUUAAGUGGGGCUGGGGUAACGCAAACACACCGCUGCAGUCUCACUUCACAUCCACCCGGCCGGCUAAGUGAGAAGCUAGCCUAAGGUAGCCUCUCCGUACUCGUCCCUCCCGUCCAUUUGCAUUUCUGGGACGAGUUGCAGGGCUUUUUUUGGUGUUGCGCUGUAAUUUUCCAAGCCGCAGAAGCGCUUCCUCUUCCAGUCUUUGCCUUUCCUCCAACUCAGAAUCAGAUGCGUCCGCUGGUUGUUGAUGUGGCCGGAUUAAGGUACCGCCCAAAUAUGAGAACCGCACCGCUCAACACCAUGGGCGGGAAUAGGCAAAACAGGAAGCGCGCAAAUUAGCAGCAGAGGCGAACCGCCGUGCUGUUAUGCUUUGAUGCGAAACCGGAAAAGAAACACGACACCGCAUGCGUAUGCAAAAAGCCGAGCCCUCUCUCUUCAGUAGAAGACUCGUGGGGAUUGCGCAAUAUACCAGCCUUGACUUUUUUCCACAGACGUAUACAAGAAAAAAGAUAGCGAGGUAGAUGGUUUUUUUCGUUUUCAAUUGCGGGGUCGGGACUGCACAUCAGACAUAACCGCUCGCCGGGUGGACAACGCCGUGGGGUAUUAUCAGAAGAAGGCAACGUACUACAAAAAAAACGGGCAGGACGUCCGGGAUGCCACGGUCAUGUACGGGAUACGAAUUUUGGUCGAGAGCAGUGGUAUCGUACUUAGUAUAGCUGCAACACGUGGCAUUUUUGUAUGCCGCAACUCGCGUAGCUGGUGGCGUUGUCGUCUUGGUUUUGGCUUUGUUGUCAUUUUCAACAUUUAAAAGCCAUCAUGAACAAACUGAGAGAGUUGGGACUGUGGCCAUGAAUCCGCCUCCUGUUUUCAUUACAAACUACUGGUAGUGCCAUACACUAGCGUUAUAAUCUCUCUUUCUGCUCUGUAGCCUGGAUAUCUCACUGCUUUCAAACCGUUGAGAGAUAAAUCGCAGCUAGAUCCGGGUACAGCUACUUCGAGUCCUCUUGUUUUUUGCAUUGCACCCGCAAGAGGACAAACAAAUAUUAGUAGGAAAAAUUUCCCUCGAUGCCUCAACAUCCCAGGGAUCGGCAAGAAGUCCACACUUGUGCUGCUGGUUAUCCAGCUCGGUAGUUGUCUCGCACUACUCCGAGUGGCGAGUAUUAUGGCGUCCUCAGAUGUGGCAAUCUCAAACUAGAACUCAAUGCCACUCGUUGCAAUCAAUACAGCUGUGAUUCGUCAUCUUGCAUAUGCAUGAGCAACGUGGUAAGCCCGGAGAUGUAAAAACCUUUGCGCUUUUCGCAAAAAUUGGAGCUAGUGCCACUUUUUAAUCGUGCGCAUUUUCGGUCGAGCUGCCAGAAAAAGAAAGUUAAUGCACACACGUCGGCGGCAGCGGGAAGAUCGUUGUGGACGUGUGUUUGGCACCACAAAUAAUUUCCGUCUUCAACAUCGUUAGGAUUCGCAUUGAAACACCUGAGCAGACUAUAACCGUGGUGGCGGACUUCUUGAUGUUGAACUGUUACUCCGAGAAGAAAGUGAAAAUGUACUACAAGUGCAAGGUGUAUGAAAGUGCCGUGUAGGGAAUUGUCAAAAUGGAAGUAGUUUUCGAUGCAAUGCAGUUGCUGCACAAGAUUAUGGACCCUCUAUGCAUAACACAGAUACAUCACAGUUUGUUGCGAAGUCAUUUUUCAGUGCAAGCGCAAUCUACACGCGAGGGUGAAAGAAGUAGAUGUUAAUACUACGUAUGAUAAAAUGCUAAUGCAGUGAUAUGCACCGAUGCAAUAUCAAUACAUGCCUGGACGGGCCGCGGGGAUGAAUGACGAUGAUGGCACAAAACAAUAUUCCAAAUUAAUCGAUAAUUUCCCACUUGACGCAUUCAUAUUGUCUUCGAGACGCAAGACUACAGCGACUUGCAAGAUCGCAUCAACAUUAUACAGGUGACGUCUAUCAUAGAUGAGAUUCUUAGCGGCGCUGAUUUUUGAAGAUCUCUAAAUCAUUGUGCAGUGCCUGCGACCUACUGAGUGUAAGUGAAAUCAGUAUUGCAUCCUUCCUCUUAAUAAGCUGCAGACUCUUGUUGGCAGUUCUGAUUAUAUUUGAUAAUUUCCACCUGUUGUUGAUGUUGUUGAUGCCUAAAAAAUUUGCUUGAAGUUAUGAUAUGACUGCACUGACUUCUGAGGUCAAACAAAAUCUUAUCCCGUAUUUCAGGAUGCCGAGAAAGAAACUUCGGCGCUUCUGCGAAAAAGCAAAAACCUGGGUAUGGGUUCGGGGGGCCGUGGCGGGCUGGCAGCCAGCAUACUCAGAUGACCCAAGAGACAUCAUGCGUGGAUGCAGCACACCCACACGCGACCAUUGAUCGCAAAAAUGAUCGCGAAGCUCCAGGACUUGUCAUCACCUCCACACUGAGCACCCGCGGUACGUUGCAGGGAAAUUUUAUGGUCCGGCGCACUAGACCGAGGCUGAAAUAA